GCGCGCGUGUGUCCGCCUGGCCGUGCGCCCGAGCACUCGCAAGGAAGCACGAGAGCGUCUGGUUCCUCAGUGCGGAAGCGCGGGAAAGUCGUGCGGAAGUCAGGCCGGCGAGAAGCGAAUCGCCGGGAAAGCACGGCGCGGUCUAAAGUCAGUGUCCGCCCGGUGCACGUGUCGCGACGUGUCCGUGUCUUUCAACAACUUGGAUGAAACUCCUGAAAGAACCUCCUCGCGGAAGCGACGGUUUUGUAUUCAUGAACUUGACGACAACUCCGGAGGAGUCAAUCGAUACGAGAUGGCGAUCUGUAGCUUGUAAAACCUACAGUGCAACCGAUACGGGUUACGUAAUCGACUUAAUAAUGACUCGAGACCUUAUUGUGGAUCAUCUCCAGACAUUUAUUCUUGCGAAGUUAACGCACGCGAAGAUGCACUUCUCUAAUGUCCGUAUGCAGACUGCAAAAAAAGGAAAAAGAAAAAAAAAACGAAAAAAGAAACGUUCGCAAACGUUUGAAUCUGGAGACGUUCGUAGAGCAUCAUCUCGUUGAUGCGUUCCGGCCAUUCUUUAUUGCCUCAAUUAUUCGCGUUGGUUCUCCUUUGUUAAUGGCUCGACAGGUUCGAAUAAGGCGGCCGUUACGCCGAAGGAGUUGAAUAUGCGUUAUAUCAGGCAUCCGCAUUAUAUCGCUAAGUGGCGUGAAACGCGUACGUAUACCAGCGGCGCGUUACGUGUGAACGGCGAUGUAAAAGCCACCGCCGCCACCGCCGCCACCGCCGUCGUCGCGGUAUGGAAAAAGCACGACGCGAAACGCAAGUUGCAACAACUCCGCACUUCGAGGGAAGAAAAGGAAAUGAAAAAGAAAUGGUGUGUCGUGUCGCGAGACGCGCCGGAUACGAAUUAGUGAGAUUUAAAAGAAAAAAAAUCAUAAGAUCACGAUGCGUCUCUCAAGGGAGGUCGUAGCGUCUCACGGAACAGAAGAGUUUAGUAAUUAUAAUUAACGUUAAGUGACGUUAGUCGACUAAAACCGACCUGAGCGUGACUUGAUUUACAAAAUCAAGAUUACUUCACGUAACCGCGCAGGAAGAAAAUAAUAAUUCGAUUCGAGCGAGGCUGAUUUAUUUCUAGGACGGGCAUUCGCGGAUCAGAAGUUCGAUAUCACGACGGAACGACGAGCGUUAAAAAGGCAACGUAAAGAGAAAUACGUAUAAGUAGAUUUUUAUUUACGUCGCGUAAUUAUCGCCGCGCCCGUCAUAAAAAUGCCCACUUCGACGAUGGCUAAUAAAGUCUCUGGAUUUAUGUCUGGCGUAUCUUCUCUCUCUCUCUCUCUCUCUCUCUCUCUCUCUCUCUCUCUCUGCCGAUGCUACAUAAUGUAACCGGACGUUAGACUUAACACGCACAGUGUCUAGUUGACAUCAGGUCCGAGACUACUUACAAGUCACCGUCGUCUCUCGUCAUGCGUUUAACCCUUUUAAAAUGUCUUUCUUCGGCAAAUAAAGCAUCUUUCUUCAUCAAACGAAAGUCGUUUCCUGCGAUGCGAUAAACAAAAUCUCACCAAAGAGGAAGCACGAAGGAAGGAAAAUGUUAAAAAUGUCAAUGUAAUGUUUCGAUAACGUAAUCUUUAAACAUUUUUCAUGUCACAUUACGAACAGUUAAAUAUAUAUAUGU